CGUCAUUCAGUUGAGCGGCGGCGCACUGAUCACUCACACUCUGCCAGCAUCCAUCCAGGCAUCCACGGCUAGGCGUCUCAUCGUCGAUCCAUCCACCAUGGCCGCCGCCACCAAGACCAAGAUGAUGAACGGCGGCGCCAACAACUCCAGCAGGGAGGAGUACUCGGAGCAGCCGCAGCACACUGAGUCGGAGUGGGAGGCCGUGUCGUCCCUGCUUGACGCCGCUCGUCCCUUCCUCCGUGGCGAGCUGGGUUCGGCGGAGGACCCGGAGCUGCCAUCCCUGGUGGCGGUGCUGCGCGCGGCGGGCGCCGGCGAGUGCUACCACAAGCACGGCACGUUCCUGGCGCACCUGGAGGACGUGUACCGGAUCCUCCGCCUGUGGGGCGCGUCCGACGCCGUGGCGCGCUGCGGCCUCUUCCACUCCUCCUACUCCAACUCCUACGUCGACCUCGCCAUCUUCCAGCCCGACACCGGCCGCGCCCAGGUGAGGGGCAUCAUCGGCGCCGACGCCGAGCGCCUCGUCCACCUCUUCUGCGUCGUCCCCAGGCACCACCUCGUGUUCCAGCAGCUCCAGCCACGGUACACGGACCAGGAGCUGAGGGACCACCUCGCCGCCGCCGAGGCCGAGGCCGAGAUCGCCCAGCAGCCGGGCGGCUUGCUGACGACGAUGUCGCCGUGGCGGCAGAAGCUCCGGUCCGUGGUGCCGGCCGAGGGCGUGGUGGUCAGUCACAUCCGGACCGGGGAGCCCGUGCGGCUGUCGCGCCGGGUGGUGGCGGCGUUCCUGCUCAUGACCGUGGCCGACUUCAGCGACCAGUACACGGACUACCAGGACGAUCUGUUCGACAACGAUGACGGCCGCCUCGAGUUCCGCGGCGACAACUGGGCCGCGCUGUGGCCCGGCACCGGCAAGCCGGGGCUCUGGGUCAGCGCCAUGUCCAGGCUGGCGGCGCUCUACGGCCUCAUCGCCAGGGACGAGCAGCUCAUCAUGGCCAUAGGAGAGCAGCAGCAUGACGACGACGACGUGGCGGCUGUGGGCGAGCUGGUGAUCCCGCCGGUGUUCGAGCGGUGCAGCCGGGUGCUGGACCCCGGGGAGCAGAAGGCGGCGAGGGACCUCUACUGGGAGGCCAUCACCAGCAGCACCAAGGACGACAAGAGGAAGGAUCCGGAGGCGCUGCUGCGGGAGAGCAUCGCGAAGAACCCCUUGGUGGGGGAGCCGCACCUGGUGCUGGCGCAGGUGCUCCUGAACGGCGGCAGGUACGCGGAGGCGGCGGCGGCGGCGGCGCGCGGGGUGCGGCUGCUGCUGCAGUGGGGGAGCAGCUGGGACAAGCGCAUGUCGUGGGAAGGGUGGGUGUCGUGGGGGCGGCUCAUGGGGGACAAGGCCCGCCGCGGCACCGGCACCUGGCCGCGCACCGCAUGGGGCAUCAUCAACCUCGGACUCGUCCAAGGCGUCGCCAACCGCAACUGAUCCAGUCUGGGGAGAUGCAUGCAUGCAUGGCGCAUCGUCAUCGUCCAUCCCGAUUCGAUUCCAUGCGCAUUCGUAUGUGGUGCGUAUGUACUGGAGUAUUUAUAAUGGCUAAAAAUAAUGUACGUACGUACGUACGUACGUACAGCAUAUGUAUGUGUACUGUAUUGGUUUUUGUUUGCCUGCUCUGCUGCCUACUACUCUCUCCGUCUCUCUAUGUACCGUAGCUGGAUUACUUGAGUAUAUAGUAAGUACUAUAAUGAACUAAUAAUCGAAUAUUGUCUGUUAAUGACAUAAUACA